AAUUUUUAUGAGUUCAAAAAAGUAUUUGAUUACUGUGAGAGAUAUCAAGAUCGAAGUUUACUACUUGGUGAGAGGUUGCUCGCCUAUGCAUUCAUUGAGUGUAUAGUAUUUUUCCUAUUUUUCGCAUGGAUAACCCGACAUCAAUAUAUGGGACAUAUUCCUGCAACCGUCGAGGGUAAUAAUUGGGUUCGAGUAGAAGAAGGAAUGCAUAUUAGCGGGCAUUCCUAUGUUUAUAAGAUUAUCGGAGGAGUUAGUAAACCAUGA